AGUUUCGCAGUUUCGCUCGUGCUGCCGGCUAAGGAUAUAACAAUUUAGCCGGCAUAAAGAGUGUCAAAAAAUUUUAAUUUUUCCAAAUGGAACAAUCAAAAUUUGGCACUUACUGGACGUCAUGGAGCUCCGGAAUUUUGAUGAACGACCUCGGAGGCGUUGGAGAAGACUACGAGGAAGUCUUGAAAUUAACUGGAAGUACCAAACCCGUGCAAUUACUGAACUACCUGCUGCUUGGCCUGAUCAUUAUGUUCAGCGCAAUGAGCUCCGUGGCUCAUAUUUUUGCGACGGAUACAGUUCUCCACAGAUGCUUGUUACCAGAAUGCGGAGACACAGAAGGAGGUCCAAACAAUUUUGAUCUCGACUGGCUGGAGAACAAAGUUCCCGUCACAUUAGAUGGAUCACCAGAAGGUUGCCUCACUUUUGAGCACCUGGACAACCGAACCGAUCGGUGCUUUUUCGAAGUCAACAAUUACGGCCCAUUUGAAAGCUGCCAAAGAUGGGUUUUCAAUAAGACAGACGUCACUAUCCAGAGAACUUUUGAAAUGCUUUGCUCUGAAGAUGAAUGGAAGUUUGCUUUAUUAGGCCAAUCAAAAAGUUUUGCCGCAAUCUUCAGCUUUUUACUCCUCGGAAUUCUGGCUGACAGAUACGGUCGGAGCAAAGUUUUAGUCAUCUCCCUUUUGGCAACAAAAGUUUUCGCUUUGAUUAAAACGAUGCCGCUUUACUUUGAAAUUUAUUUUGUACUGGAAGUCUGCGAGUCUCUCUUUAACGGUGGAAUAUACAAUCUCGCCUUGAUUCUGUUGUUGGAAGUUGUUCCGGCAAAGCUGCGCUACCUCUUUGCUAUUUUGUUUGCGCCUUUUUGCAAAUAUCUUGGCUAUAUUUUAGUGGCGCUGAUUUCCAAGGUUUACCGACACUGGCAACACACUUAUUGGACGGUCAACGCACCAUCCGCCGUCAUAUUCCUCUUCUGCAUCAAGCUUUUGCCCGAGUCGAUUCGUUGGCUAAUGGUGCGCGGGCGCUUAGGAGAUGCAAGAGUUUUGAUUUUAAAAGUAAUUAUCAGUGGAAAAGUCUUUGAAAAUAAUUAUCUGCUGCGCAAAAUUGCGACCUGGUAUAAUGGAAGUGUUAAUCAGGGCGAUGAAGAUUUUGAAGAGGAGUCGGUCAGAACAAUCCUCUCAACAGCACUUUCAUCGUGGAAAAUAAUUUUACGAUAUCUCGUUUGUCUGGUUUUGUGGUGCGCUAUGGCAUUUUUAAAUUUUGGCCUAUUCCUAAAUCCACCAAUUUUGCCUGAUUUCAUGGACGACCUUUAUUUUCGCAAUAUCGUUCUGUGGCUCAUGGACGUGCCGGGAUUUUUGUUAGCACUCGGGCUGUACCGAUUUCUGGACGGACCGAAAUCGAUAGGAAUUUUACUCUUCUUCAGCGCCUUCAGCAACGUAGCCAAUGUUUUCGUUCCGCGCGCAAGCUAUGGGAGCUAUAUUUACUACACGAAGCUGCCACUUUACUUUUUGUCGAGAGCGGCCGUUUCUGGUGCAUUUGCGUCCCUCGCUUUGUCAGCGGUCGAAAUAUUUCCCACAAAGCUCAGAGCCACUUUUUUGGGCACUUUUGCAGGCCUGGGCCAAAUUUUCGUGCUCGCAGCUUAUUACACACCGUACAUUAACAAUCUUUUCGUGGUCCAGGCAGUCUUUGGGUUCUUGGCCUUAUUUUCUGCGUUUUGGGCGGCGUUUCUGCUUCCAGCGACCACCGACAAGCCGCUGCCGAUGACGAUUGCCGAGGCAGAGAAAACAGCCAAGAAUGUGAAAAAACCUCGUUAUAAAAAAAUGGAUGUUGAACAACAAAAACGACAUUUGUAACAUGAAAUUUUUAUGUUUAUGAUUGUGUCGCUUAAUUUAAUUCAUUAAUUAAAACCGUUUACUUUUGUGACCUCCAGCGUGAGCCAAAACAAUAGAAUUACUGCAACUAAAAUAAAAUAAUAAAUAAUUUUAAG